UCCCCAUGUCUGUGGUUCCUGCCAUCUUUACAUUAAGUAGUUCCUACCUGUCAUACUGUGAGGGACGUGGAGGAAAUUUAACUUUCUAUUGUGACAAGCUGUGAUGUGGAGCCGGUAGGUUAGUGUUUCCUGUGUGAGAGCACAGCUGACUCAGCUCCACCGGCAGCUAACCCGAAUACAACACCGACUAUGACCGACAGUCCGUCCCAAACGCCGCUUUUUACUUUCGGUGUGAUAGCCGACAUCCAGUACGCAGAUAUAGACGACGGAUACAACUACACCCGGUCUCACAGGCGGUACUAUCGAAGCAGCCUGCACCUGCUUAGCAACGCUCAGCGGAGUUGGUCUGAGUCCGCCGUGAAGCCGGACUUCAUCCUCCAGCUGGGAGACAUUAUCGACGGCUUCAACAAGCGGGACGGCGCCUCGGAGAAGGCUCUGGACUCGGUGCUGAGAGAGCUGAGCCGCUGCCCGGUGGAGGUGCACCAUGUGUGGGGCAACCACGAGUUCUACAACUUCAGCAGGAGCCAGCUGCUGCGGUCACAGCUCAACAGCACACCGAGGACCGACAGCAGUCUGGCAGGACCCCCGGCCCUGACCGACUUCUAUGCCUACCACUUCAGCCCUUUCCCCGGCUUCACCUUCGUGGUGCUGGACGCUUAUGAUGUGAGCCUGCUGGGCAGAGAGACGACCAGUGAACAGUACAGUAACGCUAUGGAUCUAAUAAAGCAGUACAACAGCAACGAGGACCUCAACUGUCCCCCAGGUGUUGUGGGAGUGGAGACAAGGUUUACAAUGUUCAAUGGUGGGUUCAGUAAGGGCCAGCUGGACUGGCUCGAUUCUGUCUUAUCCUCGGCUGAUGAGAAACGGGAAAGAGUCACUAUUGUCAGUCACCUCCCAAUCCACCCCAACUCCACAACACCCAUGUGCCUCGCAUGGAACUUUGAUGAGCUCCUCUCCAUCAUUCACUCCCAUAGCAGUGUGGUAUGUUACAUGGCAGGACACGACCAUGAAGGUGGAUACUGCCAAGAUGAAGACACAGGAGUGCACCACCUGACGUUAGAGGGCGUGAUCGAGACUCCUCCUGACAGCAACGCCUUCGGCACAGUCUCUGUCUAUCAGGACAGGAUGGCGCUGAAAGGAAACGGCAGGAUCAGAGAUAGAGUCUUUCAGUUUGCAUGAUGCCAAAGUGACAACAACCACUUUCCAGUUUUUCAGUCCUGUCUUGAAACAGAAGCAGCCUGUAUCAGCAUGAAAGCAGCUUUUGUUCAUACUGACCAUAAUUUUUUUUUUUGAUUUGGUUCAUCUGUAAGUGAUGGGGGCAACAUCUGUAAUGAAUUUAAGUUGCUUGAAUGUGUUCUCAAGUGGUUAUCUUUCACAGUUGUGUUCAUUUUACUGUACAAUCCAUUUCCCCUGCUUAUCUGAACUGUAGGUAAGUUUUAAAUCAAUCGAUUAUUUUUUUUCUUCAAAUGUUGGCCAACUUUUGAGAAAAAUGGCAAAAGAAAAUGCUUUUGUCAAUGCACCAACUUUUCAACUUCAGCCAAAGCAGCUGUAAAGUUUGAUCUAAAACUGACUUUGAACGAUUGCCACUUGAUUUAUUUAUUGAUUAUAUCAACAAAGUUUGAAAUAUACUGUCAUACAGAUAGAGCAUUGUGGAUUUUAUCCACAGUUACCCUAAAAGUGCAUUCGAAAAGGGAUUGUUUAAGACCAUGGUGAGCUGAAGAAUCAGGGAGUCCCUUUAACAGGAAGAAAAUUUCACAGCAUUUAGCUUCCAUCCCAUAGCAUAGGGAUGUGUUUGUUCUUCUCAGUUUAGAAAACACUGACAAAUAAGUUAUUAUAAUGAAACUACUCCAAUGGAACCAGUAUAGCUCUCAGCUUUUUUAUCUAUGUUAUAAAACCAAGAUGGGAAGACUUUACAAAUAUAGUACCUCAGAGAAUUUAUUGUACAAGUUUUUGUUUUAAACUGAUGACAAAGCAUGCUGUUUUCUUGUUUAUUUUGGGGAUAAAUUAUAACAUUAUAUGCAAAUACUUCAGGGAAAUAGUGAUUUUAAGUUUGAAUUUUUGCAGUUGCACUUUACUGACUCGUAUACUGUUAACUGCUGAGUGCUGUAUGAGUGAGAAAUUUAACUAGUUUUGCAGUAUUAUGCAUACUCCAGCUUUCAGGUGAUAAGAUGAGCAUGAGUGCAGAUCCCAUUGAUUUAGACUGUAAAGACAUGAAUUCAGUAAUAAAAGACAUACACCACCAGA